CCUGGGGGAAGACAGACCACGGGCGGAGGGCAGUGCUGAGAAGUCCUCACAUCAGGAAGAGAAGGCCUGUUCUCAGCUCUCCUCUCCUCAUGCUCAGAGCACCCUGGUGGCUUCUGGUAAAAUCCUGAGGGACGCUGGCACCCUGAAUCGCCAUGGGCAACGAGACUAGCACCUCGGGAAGCCAGCAAGAGAACUCCAGCUUGCCUGAUGUCGUCCUGUGGCCUCCGAAGCCUGAGCCUGUGCAGAAAACUUCACCAGCUCAGAGUCCGGGGUCUGUGCAACCACCUGGUAGCGGUCAGAUCGUGAAAGGGGACCUGGAGAAGUCUGGAAGUGCCGGGCAUGGAGACUUGCACAGCGCUGGGCACCGAGACUCCUGCUCCGCUUCUGAGGGUACCGCCAGCCUGGACCCGUGCAUCGUGUCCCGGGAGGUGACCGAGCCAAGCAAAAGCCCCCAGGAGGCCAGGGGCCUGGAAGGUUCUCUGCCAGCCUGCCCACAAGUGCCCUGGGAGCAGGAGUGCCCUUCCACCUCCAUGCCCUUUGCUAAGGGCCCUCCGGACUCUUGCUUGGCGAGCCCAGUAGCAGAACCUGAAGACUGGCCCCUCUUUCAACACCCCAGGCGGGAACUUUCCCCAGAUGCCUGCGGGGAGGCCCCAACAGCAUCUGUCCCCGAGGGGGGCAGUUCUACUCAGUGCAGCGUGGGUGCUGUUGUCCCCAGUGCCGGGCACACGUUGUCUUCCUCUAGCCACACUGACCGGUCCCUGGGGGUUUCACCAGCACCUCGUCAAGAGCUGAUGAAGGGACAGCCUGGAGAAGAUAGCCACCCUGGUGAUUUCAAGUCCCAAGGGAAUGAGGCUGCAGGUGGCCAGCCCCUGGCAGAGGCCAGGCAGGGGGCAGCCUCUGUGCCACAGGCCCUGGAAGCCUCUGCUGCCACUCAGCCGGGCAAGGCAAGCUCACCUGGUCCAGAGGAGUCCCCCACAAAGCCCGAGACCCUGACUCUACCAGAGCCAGCCCCCAGAGCCUUGGACAGGGACAAAUGCCAAGGGGAGGUGCCACCUCGGGCUUUUGCUGAUGGCUCAGGAUUGCCUGGGGCCUGCCAUCCCAUGAGGAGCCCUGCAGGGGCUGCCCAGGAAGAUGACACAAAUUCCCGGGAAAGCUGCCAGCAGCAAAUGGGAGCACUUCUGGCACACGUCAAGCCACCCUGUAAUUCACCGAGCUGCACUCCGAUGCCUGGGGCCAGGGGCUCUGGGAAGGAGACCGGGGAGGCCUGCGAUGCUCGGGGUCACUGGCAGGCAGGGGGGCCAGGAGGUGAGCCCGGUGCAGCCAACCCUGCAGCGGCAGACAGCCAGCCCCGAGGGGCUUUGCUCACGAGCACGGAGCUUUCCCCACCUGCACCGAUGGAGGACAAACGUCCCGCUUCGGGCUCCGCUCCAUCACCAGCUGCUCAGGCCUCUGCUGCUGCAGAAGAAUCCAGCUGGUUGACCGGGGAGAUGGUUUCCGGGGCAGAGAUGCCAGUUCUUACAGAUCUGGCCAAAGAGUUAGCAGAUGCAGGGUUGGCAGGACGGGAAAAGCUCGAAUCUGAUCUCGGAAGUGAGGGAGAGGGUCUAGGAGGGAACUGUGGAGAGGGCGCUGCCCCUUUGCUCCAGGAGGACAGUGGAGAGGUCUCAGUGAGGGACCAAAAGGUCCAACAAGGGGUACUGCCCCCUGGCCCAACCAGUGUAUCAGAUGAAAAGGCCAGAAGCACACUAGGGUCAAAGGAUGAAGCCAUGGCCCCUGAAAGCCCAGCUGUGGCUGAGGAGGAGAGCAGACUACCCGGGGCCAACUCCAGGGGACAGGAAGAAGUCCCAGAGCCACUUGAUGGUAGAGAUCCUGAGAAGCCAUGGGAGGAGCAACCCGGGGCCUUAGGCUGCAAGCCCAGCCCAGAGGUGGAAAAAGAUGAGGUUUCAAAGCUAAGCCAUGAUGUGGACAGCAACGUGCAUCCCAGCACAGAUUCAGCACAGCCACCCAGGAGGGAGGGUCCCGGGCCCGCCAACAGGCCUGGCUCUCCACCCGAAGAUGCAGUGUGGAGCUCGGUGACCUGUGGGAUGGUGGGAGAAGCCCAUGUUGUCCAGGCCUCUGGCUCACUGCCCAAGCGCCCGGAGAAGGAGCUCGCCCUGCCCCCCGGGCCGGAUGGAACUGGUGAACACAUUCUUCCCAAAGAAGCUGUCUGGGAGGUGCUGGGAUUGCAGACCCAGUGUCCCGACCCCCUUCGGGAUGUGGGGGGAUUGGAAAGAAUGGACGCUCUUCCUGCUUUAGAAUCGGAGAAAUCAGACUUCCUGUCAACUUCUGCGACAGAGGUUAUCCCCAAAGCCCAGGAGGCGGAGAGCCCAUCUGACACAAAGAUGAGGAGCUGCCCAUCGGCGCGGAGGCCCAGCAGCUGUGCCGGGGAGGGCUUGCUGACACCCUCGGGCCAACCUUGUGGGCUGGGGCAUGAGGCAGCUGGUCAGGAAGUCCAUGCUGAUGGGCCACAUCCCCUCGAGGGGGAGAAUUUGGCAGUGGAUGGUGGGCUUACAAUGCUCAGCCAGGAGCGAGAUCAGCAGGGAAACCCGUCCUGCGACAGCUGGCCACAAGUAGCUGCUUCUGAGGGGCCCCCAGUAUCUUCUGAGAACCGUCUCCAGCCAUUGCAAUCAGAACCAGACGCAUCCGUAUCUGACAUGCUCAGGGAGAAGCCCCAGCAGUGUGAAAAUGAGAAAGAGACUUAUCCAGGCAGUCGAGGCUUUAAGAACCUGCACACAGAUGCUUCUCCAACCCUCCUCCCUAUGGGACCUCUGGAGGACGUGUGCUUGCCCACCCAUGGCAGAGAGGAACAAGUUUCCAGAUUGGAACUUCAAGAAGAGCUCCCCAAAGGCAGUCUAGCUGAUGCUCCUGGUUUGGCUCCCGGGGGCGUGGUUCCGGGGAGUCCGGCGGCGACAGAAGCACCAGAGCUGUCAGCAACAGUAGGACGGGCAUCAUCGGAGCCAGGGCAGGAUGAGCGGGAGGGAGCGUGCCGUGGCGGCCUGCCUUCCGGAGUCUUGCCCCCUGCAGCAGAUGCCUCCAAGGACUCUCUCGCAGGUCACCUGAGCAGAGAGGAGAGUCGCUGUGCGCAGCAGGGGCCCAGCAAGCCCCAGCAGGAACAGGCAGGUGUGUUGCAAGCCGGCGGCCGGCAUGAAGAAGCAUGUCUCAGGGAUGCAGAACUUUCUCAAGCCGAUGACGCUCAGCCCCCGCUCCAGGGGUUGGGUAAGACAGAGAAGGCAAGUGGGAACACAGAGGUGACCCCACCUUGUGGGCUUGACUCAGUCGCCCUCCUGGAUGCAGCUCAGGGCCCGCCAGCCCCGGUGCCCGCCAGCUUUAGAGUCACACCCAGCCAGGAUGCCCCAGACACAGAGGCGUGUGGGGAAACGCAGGGAGGCGGGCAGCAACCUGUGCCGGCCCCGCAGAAGGAAAUGGAGCUCCCCACCGCCUCAGAUGCAGAGGCCCCAACGCUCCUUGGAAGUUUCCCAGCGGCCAAGGAUCAAGGUGCGGACCGUGGGGCUGCCGAGACUGGUGGGAAUGUUGAGGGAGGGGACCUGGGGGUGCGGCAGGCUCUGGAGGGGCCUACGGAAGCUGCUCUGAGUGGAGGCUCCCUUUACACUGAGCAGCGUGCCUCCCCUGGGAAGGAAGAUUCUACCUUUGCCCCGCGUGAGCCAAGCCGAGCAGAGCCGCUCUCGGCCAGCUGCCAGGAUGCCUCACUGCCAGCCGGAGAACUGGGGGGGAUUCCCGGGAGCAAGGUGGAUAUUUCUGCAGCCCAGGCUGUCCCCAACCCAAAGAGACCCCUGCCCCCUGGGCCACCAGAAGAGGCCGCUCCAGACACUCCUUACCUGCACAUCGAUGGUGCUGCUGGGAAAGGGGCAGGCCCCCGUCCCAUAGAAGAGCCCCUGCCGGCCUUGGGACAAGCCACCCCCAUGAAGCUUUCUGCCGGCUUGCUUGCCCCUCCCUCACAACCAGGAGCGGCCAGUGCAGAGGUCUCUGUGGUGCAAGUGAGCAGUGGAAGCCCCAAAGCUGGAAACGUUGAAGGACCCGCGGCCUCCAUCCCCUACCUGGACAGGGUGCCCCUUCCAAUGGAGAGUAAGCAGAUGACAGGGGAGGAGGAGGAGGCAAGAGCCCCGGGGGCAGACACCCAGCCUGGCAGGAUGCCAGCACACCCCACCAGCAAGGAGAGCUUGGCAGGUGAGGCAGCAAGGGAGCCGGAGGGCAGUGGGGAGAGGAUGGUAGACCCUCCCGAGGAUCCACGGAGAGGUGCGUCAGGCGGUGUGGACGCAAGCUCCAAGCAGAUUGGCAAGAUCACGGGGUUCCCUGACUUCAGGGAGCACAUCACCAAGAUCUUUGAGAAGUCUGUGCUCAGAGCCCUGACCACCGAUCGGCCCCAGAGCGCAGCGGGAGAAAAGGCAGGAGCCGAGGGGAGCCUGAAGGGUGAGGACCUCACCGGGCCACGCCCAGAGAAGACUCCAGAUGGGGCUCAAGGAGUGGCCAUCGCCCCUCUCCUCGCUGUUCCUUCAGGACUCGGGGUGGACUCAAAGGAAAAGAAGCAAGAGUUGCCUACAGAGGCUAAGCUCCCCUGUCUGGUUCCCCAGGAUCCUGCUCUGGAAAGGCCGCUGGGCUCCGCAGAGACAGCCUCGGAGCCGAGCCUGCCAGGUGCCGGUGUGGGAAAGGAAAUGACCAGUGUCCCACCGAUGGUGCAGGACGGUGAGAAGCCAGAUGGGGCUGGGGAGGCCGGGCCGGGGCGAGCAGGCCAGGCCCCUUCCCAGCAGGCUGGGGGCCAGAGAGAACGAGCCUCAGGUCCUUCCCUGCCCACUGCCAUUCUGGAGACUCCCAUGGGAAAAGCUGCGGACUUCCAGGGGGAGCCCCCGAGCCACCGAGAAGGGGCCUCAGUUUCAGAAGACAGAAUUCCUCCUGGAAUAUACCCCCAGGACCAUCAACCCAGGGAGGAUGGUGCCUGGGGCUUUGCUCACACAGGGGGUCCGAGUGACGUGUCCACCUCUGUCCUGGGAGCAUCUUCUCCCCAUAGGGGGGUUUCAACUGUGGCCGAGGCUGCCUGUGCACCCGGGACCCCCGCCACCCCUGGGGGCGAGCAGAGGUGUGGAGGUGGUGCCCUGGGUGAGCCGGGUGCUCCCGAGCCAGAGGCUGUGGAAGUAGCAGCCACGCCCCUGGAGCCCGGCUUGGGGGCAGGAGCUGCUGGGGAAGCAGAGGGUGACGUCACUUCGAGCACAGCUGAGACCAGGGCACGUGUGGCUGGGGACCCGCCCGAGACAGGUACAACAAGGAUGUUCUCUGGUGCUGCUCACGGGGACGCAGGCUGCUCUGCUGGGGCCCCAGGCUUGGAGGAUGACGCCACUCUGCUGGGGGCCAGCCCGGCUGGGCUCCUGCAGGCUAAGGAGCAGCCCGGGCCCCAGCCCCCCACUCCUGUUGGGGGCGGGAAGGUGCACGUCUCUCCACCGCUGGAACCUGACAAGGCUCGGGACAUGAGACCCCAAACCCUGGCUCCGGGAGUGCUCCAGGCCGAAAGAAGCAGCCCCGGGCCUGGCCUAUCCACCUUACCUUCCAUUCCCGAGAAGGAAGCUCCAGAUGCCCCAGACGAGGUCAUCUCGGAUGCGGCCAGAAGCAUGGGAGGAGCAGAAAGGUCACAUGCAGCAGAUGAUGUCAUCCAUCCAGCUGCCCUUGAGGACCUGGAAAACCCACUGUUAGCUGCCUCUUCCCACCACGGUGAUGUCCUCAGCCAGGUCUCCAGGGAUCUGACGGCCCAGAGGAGUUCUGACUCUGAAGAAGCAUUUGAGACCCCCGAGUCAACGACUCCUGUCAAAGCUCCACCAGCCCCUCCCCCGCCGCCCCCCGAAGUCACUCCAGAACCUGAGGUCAGCGUGCAGCCCCCUCUGGAAGAACCAGGCUGCGGUUCCGAGCCGGCCUCUGUCCCUGAUGGCCCACGCAGCAGCUCGGUGGAAGGGAGCCCCUUCCGCCCCCCGUCACACUCCUUCUCUGCCGUCUUUGAUGAAGACAAGCCUAUAGCCAGCAGCGGGACUUACAACUUAGACUUUGACAGCAUCGAGCUGGUGGAUGACUUCCAGACCUUGGAGCCCCGCUGCACAGACUCUAAGAGUCAGGAAUGCAAAGUGAACACACGGAGGAAAUCCACCGAUUCUGUGCCCGUCUCCAAGUCCACGCUGUCCCGCUCUCUCAGCCUGCAAGCCAGUGACUUUGAUGGUGCUUCUUGCUCAGGCAACCCUGAGGCCGUGGCCCUGGCCCCAGAUGCAUAUAGCACGGGUUCAAGCAGUGCCUCCAGCACCCUUAAGCGAACUAAAAAGCCAAGGCCGCCUUCCUUAAAAAAGAAGCAGACCACGAAGAAACCCACCGAAACCCCCCCAGUGAAAGAGACACAACAGGAGCCAGUGGAGGAGAAUCCUGUCCCCAGUGAGGAGAAUCGAGCACUAGAGACGAAACCGGAAUUGGCCAAGACGGAGGGUUCUGUCCCAGCCCUCUUGGAGGAGACGCCCCUGGAACCCACUGCUGUGCCCAAGGCCGCCUGCCCUCUGGACCCCGAAGGUGCCGAAGGGGCCGUCCCCCCAUCUUCUGGAAGUGGCAGAGUGCAGAACUCACCUCCGGUUGGAAGGAAAACGUUGCCCCUUACCACGGCUCUGGAAGCAGUGGAGGUGACCCCAUCAGAUAGCGGGGGGCAGGAGGACUCCCCAGUCAAAGGGCUCUCGGUGAGGCUGGAGUUUGACUAUUCUGAGGACAAGGGUAAUUGGGAUACCCAACAGGAAAACCCUCCUCCUACCAAAAAGCUAGGCAAAAAGCCUGUUGCCAAAAUGCCCCUAAGGAGGCCAAAGAUGAAAAAAACACCCGAGAAACUCGACAACACUCCUGCCUCGCCUACCAGAUCCCCCGAUGAACCCAACGACAUCCCUAUCGCCAAAGGUACCUACACCUUUGAUAUUGACAAGUGGGAUGAUCCCAAUUUUAACCCUUUUUCUUCCACCUCAAAAAUGCAAGAAUCUCCCACACUGCCCCAGCAGUCCUACAACUUUGACCCAGAUGCCUGUGACGAAUCCAUUGACCCUUUUAAGACGUCCUCUAAAACCCCCAGCUCGCCUUCUAAAUCCCCAGCCUCCUUUGAGAUCCCAGCCAGUGCCAUCGAAGCCAAUGGAGCGGACGGGGAUGGGCUGAACAAGCCCGCCAAGAAGAAGAAGACCCCCUUAAAGACUGACACAUUUAGGGUGAAAAGGUCGCCAAAACGGUCUCCUCUCUCUGAUCCACCUUCUCAGGACCCCACGCCAGCGGCGACACCAGAAACGCCGGUCAUCUCCGCGGUGGUCCACGCCACCGAUGAGGAGAAGCUGGCGGUCACCAACCAGAAGUGGACGUGUGUGACUGUGGAUCUGGAGGCUGACAAGCAGGACUACCCACACCCCUCGGACCUGUCUACCUUCGUCAAUGACACCAAAUUCAGCUCGCCCACAGAGGAGUUGGAUUACAGAAACUCCUAUGAAAUUGAAUAUAUGGAGAAGAUUGGCUCCUCCUUACCUCAGGACGAUGAUGCCCCGAAGAAGCAGGCCCUGUACCUUAUGUUUGACACGUCUCAGGAGAGCCCGGUCAAGUCUCCCUCCGUCCGGACAUCGGAGUCCCCAACGCCAUGUUCAGGGUCAAGUUUUGAGGAAACCGAAGCCCUUGUAAACGCAGGGGCAAAGAUCCAGCAUCCUGUCCCACGAGGAAUGGCACCCAACCAAGAGCCACACUUGCAGGUGCCAGAGAAAUCCUCCCAGAAGGAGCUGGAGGCCAUGACCUUGGGCACUGCUUCAGACGCAAUUGAAAUUAGAGAAGCUGCUCACCCAACAGAUGUCUCCAUCUCCAAAACAGCCUUGUACUCCCGCAUCGGGACCAGUGAGGUGGAGAAGCCCGCAGGCCUUCUGUUCCAGCAGCCCGACCUGGACUCCGCACUCCGGAUUGCUCGAGCGGAGAUCAUAACCAAGGAGAGAGAAGUCUCAGAGUGGAAGGACAAAUACGAAGAAAGCAGGCGGGAAGUGAUGGAAAUGAGGAAAAUAGUGGCAGAGUAUGAGAAGACCAUCGCUCAGAUGAUAGAGGAUGAGCAGAGGGAGAAGUCCGUCUCCCACCAGACUGUCCAGCAGCUGGUCCUGGAGAAGGAGCAAGCUCUGUCCGACCUGAACUCCGUGGAGAAGUCUCUGGCCGAUCUCUUCAGGAGAUACGAGAAGAUGAAGGAGGUCCUUGAGGGUUUCCGCAAGAAUGAGGAGGUGCUGAAGAAGUGUGCCCAGGAGUACCUGUCCCGCGUGAAGAAGGAGGAACAGAGGUACCAGGCCCUGAAGGUGCACGCGGAGGAGAAGCUGGACAGGGCCAACGCCGAGAUCGCGCAGGUCCGAGGCAAGGCCCAGCAGGAGCAGGCUGCCUACCAGGCCAGUCUGCGGAAGGAGCAGCUUCGUGUGGACGCGUUGGAGAGGACGCUGGAGCAGAAGAAUAAAGAGAUAGAGGAACUCACCAAGAUUUGUGAUGAACUGAUUGCCAAAAUGGGGAAAAGCUAACUUUGAACCAAAUGUUUGGACUUGACCCUUGCGUGCAAUAUGACCGUCGGCUCCCUGCUGUCCCUCCUGUUACGUCGGACAGGCUCUGUCUUCACUUUUUCGUAUGCACUACUGUACUUCCUUUCUAAAUAACGUUGAUUUGAUUGUAUGCAGUACUAAGGAGACUAUCAGAAUUUCUUGCUAUUGGUUUGCAUUUUCUUAGUAUAAAUUCAUAGCAAGUUGACCUCAGAGUUCCUGUAUCAGGGAGAUUGUCUGAUUCUCUAAUAAAAGACAAGUCGCUGACCUUGGCCUUGCCCUUUGUACAUGAGUUCCCAGGGUGAGCGUCUUUUGGAUUUAAUAUGAACAUGUACAGCUUGCACAGGGACUCUUGCCUUAAGGAGUGUAAACUUGAUCUGCAUUUGCUGAUUUGUUUUAAAAAAAAUGCAUGUUUCGAAUAAAAUUCUCUAUUGUAAAUAAAUUUUUUUUUCCUUUGGAUCUUG